AUGGCGGAGGCUGAAGCUCCCGGGACAACAACCACAACAUCAGGAGCAGGAGCGGCAGCGGCGGCGGCGGCGGCCUCCCCCACCCCUAUCCCCGCAGUCACCUCCCCGUCCCCGGGGGCGGGGGGCGGGGGAGGCGGCAGCGACGGCGGCGGCUGGACCAAGCAGGUCACCUGCAGGUAUUUCAUGCAUGGGGUUUGUAAGGAAGGAGAUAACUGUCGCUACUCACAUGACCUCUCUGACAGUCCAUAUGGUGUAGUGUGCAAGUAUUUUCAGCGAGGGUACUGUAUUUACGGAGACCGCUGCAGAUAUGAACAUAGCAAGCCACUGAAACAGGAGGAAGCAACUGCUACAGAUCUAACUGCAAAAUCAUCCCUUGCUGCUUCCUCGAGUCUCUCAUCAGUAGUUGGACCCACUGUUGAAAUGAAUCUGGGUGAAGCCGAGUCAAGAAAUUCACACUUUGCAGCUGUGGGAGCAGGUUCAGAAGACUGGGUGAAUGCCAUUGAGUUUGUUCCUGGGCAGCCCUACUGUGGCCGUACUGCCCCUUCCUCCACUGAAGCACCCCUGCAGGGCUCAGUGACCAAGGAAGAAUCCGAGAAGGAGCAAACUGCGGUGGAAAUGAAGAAGCAGCUCUGCCCCUACGCGGCAGUGGGAGAGUGCCGAUAUGGGGAGAACUGUGUGUACCUCCACGGAGACGCGUGUGAUAUGUGUGGGCUGCAGGUGCUCCACCCAAUGGAUGCUGCCCAGAGAUCACAGCACAUAAAACUCCUGGCAACAACUAAUUUACUUUCCGUCUGUGUGGAUUUGCCUGUUCUGGACAUCGCAUGA